AGCCCUUCUAGCACUCACCAGUGUAUCCAAACACUUCCUCAACAGUUUCAAGAGAUUAGUGUACUUUUAUUUACGACGUUGUUAUGGCUAGCUCCGGACAGCUCCUUAAGCUUGCAUGUUUGGUGGUGGUGAUGUUCUGCAUGGUGGCUUGUGUCCCCAAGGCCGAUGCAGCUAUGACAUGCGGUCAGGUGGUGAGUGACCUGACUCCAUGCAUUUCCUACGUGAGGGCCGGCGGGGCAUUGGCCCCUGCUUGUUGCAACGGGGUCAGGACCCUCUUCACCCUGGCUCAGACCACCCCUGACCGCCAAAGUGUCUGCAACUGCUUGAAGCAAGCAAUCAAUGGCAUCCCUUACACCAAUACCAACGCUGGCCUUGCUGCUGGCCUUCCUGCCAAGUGUGGUGUCAACAUUCCGUACAAGAUCAGCCCCUCUACUGACUGCAAAAGUGUGAAGUGAUCAGAUCUUUGUGAAGAAAGACCAGCAGCUUAAUUUCUUAUAUAUGGAAGAAUAUGUAGUGACGUAAGAAUAAAGUAACCUGGUGCCUUAAGGAUUUUCUGUGCUGUGUUGGUUUCAGUAGCCUUUACUUCUAGUUGUUAAGUCAUCUGCUUGGUCUUAAUAACUUUCUAGGUUGUUAUUUAUUUUAAUAUGUGUUCUAAAUGGUGGUUGAUUGGCCCUGUGUUUAGUCAGCUUCCCAGUUGGAUUAUGUAAUGUUAAUGUUUAAUUUUGAGAAAUUUUUUAUUGUGA